CGGUGGUACAUUCGUGACAGCUUUCGCAGGAGCGUUGACAUGUGUCGUGUGGGUUAGGUUAGGUUUUAAAUGAAUUUUGCUGAUUUUUCUUUAUUAAGGAAUUGACGAUAAUUAUGGAGAAUAACGACUUUUUUAUCAAAAUAGUAAACAACGAGAAGGGUAAAGGACUGUUCUCUAAUCGUAUAUUUAAGGAGGGAGAUAUCAUACUUGAAGAGAAACCCAUAGUCUGCUGUCAAUUUUCAUGGAACUCCGACUAUGGAUACUUAGCAUGCGAUCAUUGUUUGAGACCUUUAGAAACCGCUCAGGAAAAUGCUCAGAGAUUAACGGGAAAUCCAAACUUGUUUCUACCAUACAGCGAAUGUUGUGAAACAAAUAAAAACUUAAUGACUGAAUGUCCUGCUUGUGGAGCAAAGUAUUGUAGCAUAGAAUGUCAAAAUGAAGCAUUUCAAAGAUAUCACAGCAUAUUAUGCUUGCAAUCAAGAAUGAAGGAUGAGAGCCAUUCUCUUACACAAUUAAAUGAAACAUGGAAACAGAUGCAUUAUCCACCAGAAACUGCAACAAUUAUGUUACUGGCUAGAAUGGUUGCCUUGGUUAAUCAAGCAAAUAAUAAGCAGGAUGUUUUAUCAAUCUUUUCACAGUUUUGUCACCGUACUACAAAUGACACGCACGAAAUUGCGCACAAUCUGUUGGGAGAGAAAUUUGUGGGCCAGAUUGAUGUCCUGCGGCAAAUGAUGCAGACUGCUCUUAAUACCGAGUAUACUGCACAUUGGUUUACUCCAGAUGGUUUUAGAAGCUUAUUAGCUUUAGUAGGAACAAAUGGACAAGGUAUCGGUACCAGUGCAUUCAGCCGCUGGGUAAAGAAUGUUUCUGCAUUAGACUUGCCUAAGGAUCAAAGAAUUUACAUUGACAAACUAAUAAAUAGAAUCUAUGAUGACAUGGAGGAAGUGGUAGGUUCGUUUUUAAACAAUGAAGGAUCUGGUCUUUACAUUCUACAAUCAUCAGUGAAUCAUAGCUGUACACCAAAUGCAAUUGCCGAGUUUCCUUAUUCAAAUAAUACUUUGGUAUUAAAAGCAAUACGUGAUAUACAAGUUGGUGAGGAAAUCUGUACAAGUUAUCUUGAUGAAUGUGAGCUCGAAAGAAGUAGAUAUUCCAGACAAAAGGCAUUAAGCUCUUUAUAUUUGUUUGUUUGUCAUUGCGACAAAUGCCAAGCGCAAAUUAAUGAUCCUAAUGUAACAUCUGAUGAAGAACUAGAUGAUGAUGAUGUGUCUAGUUGAACAAAUGCAGAGAGAACAAUACACAAUAUUAGAUAUAUAUGUUGAAUAUAUCUAAUAUAUCUAACAUACUACAAAAGGGGAAACUACAUCCACACAAUUAUCUAACAAUUAUAUUGAUCAUAUAUUACUUGGAUAUCAUAUGUAUAACACAUCAAGUGAGCAUUAUGUAAAUCAAUAUAUAAGAUAAACAUACAAAUAAUAAACUUGAAUAAAGUUUCAACAAACAUACUUUAGUCUCAUAUAACAAACUUUAAUGGCA